AUGGCUUUACGAGUUGCUCAAGUCUGCGGCAUCUGGUUCUGGCUCGCCUUCGCCUUCUUCCUCUUCGUCAUCUUCCACCAAUCCAACCUCGUGCUCCCCACCCCCAACCUAGAUGCACCCUCCCAAUUCCACCCCUCCAUCUCCUCCCCCUCCCCCUCCAAACCCCUCACCAUCCAACAACGCAUCUCGCGCUCCGAAUCCGCCUGGCGCACCUCCGUCUCGCUCCGCCACGAAAUGGCCUCGCACCACCCCAAAUACCCCCACAUCCCUCUCUUCCCUGCCCAAAAACUCUCCGACUUCUCCAAAACCCCCUACACCCUCUGGGAUUUCUUUCCCGCCACCUGGACCUGUCCGCACGAUAUCCAGCGCGUGGGCCGUCUCGGCGACGGCGGAAAAUGGGUCUGCGGCAUGAGUCUCUACGAAAAAUAUCGCCCUUCUUCUCCAUCUCCCACCAUCUCCUCCUCCUCCUCCCCCCAAACCGCAAACCCAGACGGAAGCGGCAUAACCAUCUACAGCUUCGGCGUGAACGACGAAUCCACCUUCGAAGCCGAGAUGCUCGCGCGCAUCCCCAACGCCCAAAUCCAGGCCUACGAUUUCUCCGUUUCGAAAUUCGGACCGCAGCUCUCCUCGUCCCACGCCGCGCGCGCACACUUCCACAAGUACGGAUUGGGAGCGAAAGAUAUGCCAUCGCGCACGCCGCCCUUCUACACGCUACAGACGCUCAUGAAGCAGAAUAAUCAUUCGUACAUCGAUAUUCUGAAGAUUGAUAUCGAAGGUUCCGAGUACACGGCGCUAGAUGCGUUUAUGGAUUUUCAUGAUGAGGAGGGGAGGUUGCCCAUCGGUCAGGUCAUGAUCGAGUUGCAUUUGGUGGAUGAUGAACAUGUGCAUUUUGAACGCUUUACAAAGUGGUGGGAGCGGCUGGAGAAAUUCGGUAUGAGACCUACGUGGUUCGAGACGAAUUUGUUGGCGGUGACGUUGGGAGAGGGGAAGACGGAUCCCAGGUGUGUGGAGUAUGUGUGGGUUAAUGUGAAAGAUGAGAGGAGUAUUUUGUUGGGGGAGUAA